AUGAUAACGCUUUUCAUCAUAUUCGCCAAUAUAAUUACUGUUGCAAAUGGUUACGUUCGUGGAUGUUACUAUAUUAGUUGGGCUGAACGUCAACAAGGAGAAGGCAAAUUUUUGCCAGAAGAUAUCCCAAAACACCUAUGCACUCACAUCCUUUAUGCAUUCACCAACGUUGAAGGGAAACGCGCAACAUUUGAAUGGGACGAUGAAGAUACCGAAUGGACGAAAGGGAUAUAUCCACAUAUGAUAAAAGUAAAAGAGUACGAUCCAACCCUGAAAAUUCUUCUUUCCUAUAGCGACUAUAACUCUCACUCAUCAGUUUUUGCUUCAACUGUAGCAUUUCUCCGUAAGCAUAAAUUUGAUGGAUUCGAUCUCGACUGGGAAUAUCCAACCGGUGUAGCAAAGGAACACGCUAAACUUCUUAAGGCGAGUGUAAUUCCAUAUUCAACUUUUUUCAGUCCACCGGAGCACGCUCAUUUCGAAUUGAGCAAUACUUGUCCACCGGAGCACGCUCAUUUCGAAUUGAGCAAUACUUGGUGA